AUGGAGGGCAAGGCAACGCGUCGCUUGCUCAAGGGGGAGAUCACAUACUCUGCUGCACAGGACCAGGAAAUCAACAUCCUGCAACGUCUGGCAUACCCAGAGCAACGCACCCAGUUCUUUGCCUCGCUACAUCAACAACAAGGUUGGAUGCAGGCCAUUGUCGCGCAUCACCUAGGAUUGUCGUCUGUCAAGGCAUGUCGCAUUGCUGAUAUGAAGCAAUGGCUCCAUGGGAGCUUCAAUGUCUGUGUACCUGUCACCGUCACCAAUCCGGCGCGCUUUCGCCUGGCAAAGGGACAAACGGAAAAGCAAUUUAUGCUCCGGCUCCCACUCCCAUAUCGCGUUGGGGAAAGCUAUUGCCCGGGAAAUGGCGACGAGAAGGUGCGAUGUGAAUCCGGAACCUAUGCAUGGCUGCAACAAAACGCUCCAGAAAUCCCAAUUCCAGAAUUAUACGGCUUUGCAUUGUCCACUGGAGAAACCUUUACCGCGAUCGACUAUCUUCCACUGUGGAAGCGCUGGACCUUCAAGCUACGCUGCCGGAUUCUAUCAUGGUUUGGCCGUGCUCUCCCUUCGCGGUAUCUGCGUCAUCAGCCGUCGCACGGUAUAGCGAAGGCUGGUCACUUUGAUAUCGGAUACGUCCUCAUUGACUAUAUCCAGGAAACCACUGGUCGAAUGCUCUCUGCAACAUGGGAAGAGCAAAGCAGCAACGAUUGCUUACGCACUAACCUUUUCCGUAGUCUCUCUCGAAUCCUGUUGAGCAUCACGCAUGUUAAACUACCACGCAUUGGCUCUUUCGUUAUUGACGAUGACGGGUAUUUGCAACUAGCCAACCGACCGCUGUCUCUCGAACUCCAUGAACUCGAGAAUGAACAAAUCCCUACUGAUAUACCUCGUGACUUUACUUAUUCGACCGUCGAGUCAUAUAUUCUGGACAUGCUCAGAGCCCACGACAACCGUGUGAUCCACCAACCAAAUGCGAUUACUGACCUCGAGGAUUACAUCGGCCAGACUGCAGCCCUAGCAGCCAUGCGGGUGACAAUGUCAUCUUUUUUUGACCCAGCUCUUCGACGGGGCCCAUUCAUCCUCAACUUUACGGAUUUCAACCAGAGCAAUAUCUUUGUUGAUGAACACUGGAACAUUACUUGUCUUUUAGAUCUUGAGUGGAUAUGUUCUCAGCCAAUAGAGAUGGUGCAGCUUCCCCUCUGGUUCACCAACAAAGCAAUUGAUCGGAUGGCAAAGGAGCCAGAUGAAUACGACAAGAUGCGACAAGAGUUUGUCGAUAUCUUAGCAAUGGAAGAAGAAGAAUUCCUUAGCAAAUCUAGUCAAAGGAAACAUGCAAAUGAUGAUCAGCUUCGGCUAUCGACAGUUUUAAACCGGGGCUGGAUCAGGGGAACUUUCUGGUAUUCCCUCGCCCUUGGAAGCCCUACGGGCCUGUUUGCAAUCUUCUACAAACAGCUCCAGCCCAGAUUCCUCGAGAGGUGUCCGAAACACGAUGAGUUCCUAGCCACAAUGCCAUGGUAUUGGAGAACCGACUUCAUUGAGGUUGGCAUGAGAAAAACAAAAGACAAGCAAGAUUACGACUUGCGUUUGCGACAGGCUUUCGAGGAAUGA